UUUUCCGUAUUACUCAUCCACGAUUCGCGCAGUGCGCAUCUCUCCAGCUAUAUCAUUAAUCCUUAAUUGCAAUACCAAUCAGCGCAGUCGCGACUUUCCUGUUUACGCUUUGUGUAAAUUCUAAACAUUACUUAAGUCACGUGACGCGGCUUAAGUUAAGUUAAGUACACUCUGUAGAGUCAAAUCUCGUCUAAAUAGUUCGCGUGGUUAUGGCCAGCGAUACCCUCAGUGAUGUAAAGAAGAUAGAAGUCGUCUGCAAAAAUUGCCACAGAGCUAUAAACGACGGAGACAAUGAAUACUCGGAGCAAAAGAUUGACAAGUGCAGACAAUGGUUGAACAGCUGCGGUGAUUUGUCGAGCGCCGAGAGUCUGUCAUGCUGCUCGUAUUCCGACUUUCCGGCAGAUGAUAGUACUUUCGAUGAUAACGAAUUGAUUGUGGCUAGCGAGAAUGUGCAUAUAUCGGACAAGGUUUUGGCAACCACUGGAGAAAAUAGUAUUACUUGGGACGACAUUACAAACAACAAACCUAAUCACCACAAAAAUAUCCAGAUCUACAAGUCCCAAAACGUCCACGUCGGAAACAUAACCCACAUCCAUGGCCCCGUUUACGUAAACCAGUAUGCAUCGACAAUAAACCAAAACAUACUUAUUAACAACAACAACAACAACAACAAAAAAAUUUUCCCCAUAGUACCACGACGAACCUGGCUAGCCCAACCACCUCUAGAACCAUCUGACGUAAAAUACUUCACGGAACCCAGAAAACUCGUCAUAAUAAACCACUCCGCCAGCGAGGAAGCCUACACCCAAACCGAGAACAACCUUCUGAUUCGCCUGAUCCAGCAAUUCCACGUGGAGAGCCGCAAAUGGAACGACAUCGGUUAUAACUUCCUGGCGGGGGCCGACGGGAGCAUCUACGAAGGGCGGGGCUGGGACGUGAUAGGGGCCCACACUCUCGCCUACAAUUCCGUUUCAAUAGGGAUAUGUUUUGUGGGUUGUUACAUAAAAACUUUGCCUCCCGACUUCGUUCUGAAGCGGGUCCAGGAGUUGAUCAAAUACGGGGUCGAAAUAGGUGCCAUUGCCGAGGAUUACUCGUUGUUGGGAUAUUGCCAGUGCUGGAGCAGCGAGAGCCCUGGCAGUAGGCUGUUUGAGGAGCUUAAGACUUGGGAGCGGUGGGAUGGGUCCAUUAGUGUGGCCAACCCAUCGCCGUUAAUGAUUACAUGAGUUGUAUUUUUGUAUUUGCACGUAUUGUGAUUUUUACUCGUUUACACGCUUUAUAAAGAGUUUUUGAGGAA